AUUACCCAUCACUACUAUGCUCUAUCGCACGUACGAGCGAGACAACAAGUAACCAGUUGCUGUCCCGUACACAUUCCGCACGUGUCAAUGUAAUAGAACUGUAAACAGGUCUAAUAAUAUUAAUAGCAAAACAUGAAUUUCCAACAUGACCAAAGAGCCCGCAUGACAGGCGCUGUCAUUAUAAGUUGUAACGCGCUUCUUUACCGGAUCUGGACGCGUGCGGCCUUGUAUAAUUGGUGCAAAGUUCUUAUUUUAUCAGUGCUAAAUGGCAUCAAUUCCAGAAUAUUAUAUCACGCUGCACGCACCAGCGUUCAUCGUUAGAAAAUAUCUGCGUGAGUGGAUUAUUAAAGACGCAGUAUCAACAACAACCAAUGAUGUGUGACUGUUUGUACUUCGUUUUUACAGGAUUCUACAUGUACUUCUGGAUCUCUGGAAGAGAAAUUUUAAAAGAUGAAGGCUAUGAACAAGAAAUAUUUGAAGGAGAGCCAAUGAACAUUCCGAAAGGCGAGGAUAACCGAGCUUACAUCGAGUCAUGUAUUUCAAAAAUCCUAGCUUGCAUUGAAGGUAGCGAAAGUUCGUAUGAUUUUUUUCUGUUCGUAUAUGAUAAGGAAUGUGGUACAGUGAUCGAGCGCUGGGUUUUAACUAUUAAUACCAACUAUGACGUGUGGCGCAGAGCAAUACCGACGAUGAAGGAUCUGAUGGGGGAAAUGACUAUAUUGUUUUUCCUGCUCCCGACACUCGAUGUGCCGUGCGAUUUUCGUGCGUACAUAUUAAAGUGAAUUGAGCAUCGCUAUUAAAUGCAGUGAUCGUCCUGAUGACGCUUAACUAAAACCACCGUAACUAAUAUUAAAAAAAGAUUAAUAUUUAAUUUAAUAUACGCUCGAUAUGAUGCGUCCAAUGCGUCGACGAUAGAAAGACGCACGUUUCCUUAGCAACAUACAUGAUGCUGCCUUGAGUCUAAAUAAUAAAUUUUGUUCACCUUAAGCAUCUUCAUUUCCUUCAAACUGUGAUUUGUACCAGCACCAAGGUAAGAUGAUUUCAUAUUUUCGUUUUUUCUUUCUGCUUUCACGCUUUCCAUGCAAGGAAGAAGCUCUCACAUGGUUGUUAAUCUAGUAGCCAUCGACAAAGAAUGGUUCCGUUCGUGCUGAUGUUAUUAGACGCGUCUUGCAGAAUUGUCUGCCCCAAGUGACCAACGAUCGAGGUGCUUUUCUUUCGAGGUCCAGUUGGUUCGUACCGUAUAGCCUUGGAAAGGGUCGGUGACUACGCUGAUUCACUAUGGUUGGCGCCGAAAGUCUAGCCAUAGGCGCAUGCCUCGUCGCAAAUGGUUUAGUACUCUGGCGCCAACAUUCGCUACUCUGGAAACAUUUUCCCCAUCGACGGCAAGACACUCGCAUUGUCUGCGACUGCCUCAAUGUCGCCAUCAGGAAGGAGUUAUACUGUGAAUGUGAAUCAUUUUUUAUAUUUUUCGCUUGCCCUAUUUUUUAGCAUCGAAAAUGAUUUACGACCGUUGCUGGUCAGAAUAAGUGAGGCAAAUGAGCUGUUAAAUCAUUUCUAAUUUUCCUGAGGUUUGCGUGCUUGACCGAUGAGAAAGACUUCAUCAUGCUGUAGUGAAGUGGAGUCUUCCUUUCAUAUUUAAAAUAACCAGUGGUUCUUAGUGGUUCUUAUGGACGAUUUGAACAGUAUAUUAUAGUAUUUACAUUGCUAUGAUUCCGGCUAAAGCCUGAAAUAAGGAGCUACCCCAAACACCCCCCCACCCCC